AUGUCAUCAAACUGGAAGCUUCCGACUAAAUUUGAUGGUGAUCAAGGUGUUACUCAUGACGAGAAAGAGUGGAGCGCAAGGCGUGCUAUAGGAAGUGGUGCAUCUGGCACUGUGUGGUUGCAGGAAUUAACACUGGGUGGGCCGACUAGUUUUAGAGCCGUUAAAACUAUCAACAAGUGGGCUUCUAUCACGCCCUCAACCAGGACGUUUUUGACGGAAGUUGAGAUAUUGUCGAAAGUCGCCCAUCGAAAUGAUCUGUUUGUGGAGUUUCUAGGGUGGUAUGAAGAUAAAGCCUUCAUAUACAUCGCAAUGGAGUUCAUCAAAGACGGGGAUCUGAGCCAGUAUAUUCAAAAUCAUCGAUUAGAGGUCAAAAGCCAUUCUAAGGAAAUCACAAAACAACUUCUAACAGGACUAGAAGUCCUCCAUUCACUGGGCAUAUGCCACCGGGAUUUAAAGCCAAAGAAUAUUCUCAUUGCUUCUUGUAAUCCUCUACAUGUUAAAAUUUCGGACUUUGGCAUCGCGAAGAUCGAAAUGAAUACCGUGCUCCGGACCAAUAUUGGGACACAUGGGUAUUUCGCUCCCGAGAUAAUGCCAAUGACACGGCGUGAAAUCAAAGGCUUCACCCCGAGUCGCCAAUAUACCAAAGCCGUCGAUAUGUGGGCUCUCGGCAUCCUCCUGUACGAGAUGCUUACCUCUGUAAAUCCUUUUCUAUUCCGUGAUAGGGGUAAUAACUCGGGACACACCAUGUACAGCGGAGUGGUGGGGGGAAAUACGUUGGGUGGAGAAGAGCUAGAUUUUCGUUUAUUGAUAGGGUUUUGUGCUGGAACGGAGGAUCUUCCGUUGGAUCUGUUAGAGCCUGACACGAGUGUGGAUGUUUUGAACCUACUGAAGUCCCUGAUUCAAGCGGAUCCGAGAAAGAGAAUAUCUGCAGCCUCAGCAUUGGAAAGUGAAUGGAUUCUAUCUUCGAGACCUAGUGCUACUAGAAAUGUAUCGGGACCGGAUCCCCGCCACCAAUGA